UGAACUGAGGAUAACCACCCAGCAGGUGAAAGGACAUCAUGUUUGCUCUACACAGGAUUUGUGCUUUGACACUCGCACUGGUCAUCUGCCUGAAUGCCCACCCUGUGAAAAGGGAUGCUGAUGAACUAUUGGACCAUAUUUCAACUUUGAAAACCUUUAUUGGAACAGCUAAAUGUCCAGACAACAUACAUUUACACUCCCCUUUUAACAUCAAAAAGGAUUGCAUGUCUUCAGCUCGGGACUGCACUAUCAAAAUGCUAUAUGACCUAAAGUCUAAAUGCAAUAUUACUAAAAACAGCACAACUGACGAAGCUAUAAAUAAUGUCAUCUUUGAACUGGGAACAGAGGAGACUAAUCCAACUAGCUCAAGCCCAGACUGCAAAUGUGAGAUGUACAAUAAAACAGGUGUUGACCAGUUUCUAAAAAACAUGGAAGUUCAGGCGGAACAACUCAAUUCCAUGCAGUGACCACUGACCGACCCCAUAUCAUGUGAAUCUGCUCUUGACCACUGCAGGAUGCUAUACUAGACAAUGUUCAGGAAACUAAAAAGCAUCAUGGUUAAAUGUAACUAAAAUGUUUUUUUUUCUUUUUAUGUGAUGUAACGGUCAUAUCAUACUGGUUUACAAUAUUAAUUAUUUCAUGUUUAUACAUUGCAUUGCUAGGAAUGUAUUUUUGAUAUAGUUGUGUAUGUAACUUCUAUGAAGACCGACAUGUUGCCAGUUCUCAAAGUUGUAUUUUUAUUUUUAAAAGAAAAGCACUAUAAUAUUUUAUAUAAGCUUGCUGCUUAUUUA